UCACAAAACCCAUUCACUUCUCUCUCUCACACACUCUCAAUAAAGCUCUGUUGAUAAAUAAUCCAACGGUAUCCGCCGUCCACCACCCGCCCCGGCCACCGGCUAAAUUAAAAACUCUGGGGCAAGAAUAAGGACGUAUACCUGUUAUUUGAACGGAGGUAUGUGUCAUUGGUUUUGACAAAACGACACUCGGAUGGAUUUUAAAUUCAAAGGUAUUGGCUGGGUGGGGGACAUUUACCAGAAGUUCGAAAUAUUGUGUCAUGAGAUGGAUAAUAUUGUGAAUCAGGACACUGUCAAAUAUGCUGAAAACCAGGCACAAAGUGUGGGUAAAAGCAUGAAGAGAUUUUAUUCUGAUGUUGUACUUCCUUUAAAACAUGAAGAUCAAGGAGUGGCUUUAAAAAGAAGCGCUACAAUCGAUACCUUUGUUGAAUUGAAGGCUGCUAUUCAGGAAGAUCACAUAAACACUGUUUGUAACCUAUCACAUGUUCAGCCCCUUGCAGUUGCUACAAUUGAAAAACAGCUUGAUCAUGCUUCUAAUGAGCUUUUCCCUUCGGUUCAAUUAAGCAUUCCGACUUCUGUUGAUGCCCUAGAUGGGGCAGAGUCGGGCAUAAUUUCCCAACAACUUAGUGAUAUUAUGAAAACUAAAAGCUCUGUUGUAAACAUAGAAGAAAAUUCCAUCUGGGAAAAAAAAUCUGGGUUUGAUGUACCAGGGCUGAUUUCUCCCAGAGAGGAAGAAUCAUUUGGAGACUCAUUGACGAAUAAUAGGUUCAUUGAUUGUACCGAGAAAAUUUCACCUGGGGCUGCGGGUGAGGUUUCUCGUGCAAUAUUAGUUCAUGAUAUGGAGUCUCAAUCCCCUAAAAAGGAGACAGGAAUUAGUUAUAAUAUUACAGUUGAUGUGGUCAACAGGCAGCUUGAGUGUGCUUUUGCUGAGCUUUGUCGUGUAGACCAACCAGGUAACCCUAAUACUGUGGAUUCCCAUUUGGGGAAACAAUCCAUAACUUCAGAAGAAGCUGCUGAGGUUUUGAAUGAUACAAAACUUGAAGUAAACCCAGAGGAAUACCCCACAAUGGAGAAUCCUUCAGUUUCCAAGGUAUUGGGGCUAGUGACUCCUUUUGAGAAGGAACCCCGUGGAGCUUCAUUUUUGAGCAAGUUCAAUGAUAGUAAUGAUAAAGAAAUGUCUUCUGAAGCUGAGGUUUCUCCUGCAACUUCAGUUCAGGAUGUGAGAAAACCAUCUGCAUCUGAUGUUUCGGAGUUGAUCUUUCAUGGCGAGGAAGAAAUUGUUAAUUGUGAUAAUAUAAAUCCAUCCAUGAUUCACUAUGAUUUUCCUUCUGCAACUUCAGCUCAUGGUAACCAAAAUGCAAGAAAAAUAAAGGAUGAGUGUGUCUCAGAUGCUUUAGAUGAUGUUACUUCUUCCAAAAUGGUUUCUUCAGUCAUUGGUCGUGAGGAAGAUGUGGCAGAGGUUGGGGUUAAUGUAGCUGAGUUAGUUUCUCAUAAUGUACAUUCGUCUUCUAUGUUGACUUCACUUCUAUCUGAUGAGAAGGAGUCGAUGGUGGCAGCAUCCAUUUCAUCUAGCAAUGACUUGUCCAUGGCAUCAGUUGGAAAUGGUGCGUACAGAACUGUUAAUAGCUCCAAGUCUCUGACUGGAAUAUCAGGAAACAAAAAUCUUCACUUUGGUGGUGAAUCUGCUCAACUUCAGGUUUCAUCCUCUUCUAAUAUAGGACAUGUAGAUGAUUCCAUUGAUGAUAUCAAUAUUUCUUCCAUGGAGAUCAUUGAUUUGUAUGACGAGGUGAAGCUUGAGGAUAGCUGUGUCAUUCCUGAUAGCAGUGCACUUUAUGCCGUCUCUCGUAGAAUAAAUAAACACAAAUCAUACAGGAAAAGAAUCCAGGAUGCUUUAAAUUCAAGAAAGAGGCUGGCGAAGGAGUACGAGCAGCUAGCAAAUUGGUUUGGAGAUGCAGACAUGGGGUCAGUCCACAAUCAUUUCCAAACUCUACAGCCAUCAUCCUCCACCACAACCUCAGAGCCCAAAAAUACGCAAACAGAACUUGUGUGUGAUUCUGACUGGGAAAUCCUUUAAGAAUGAGAUACACUGUGAAUACUCGUGUUCAAAGUUCCAUCUUCAAUGUAUUUACAAUAAAAAUGCAGAUAAUCAAUCUGUCUUGUAAAUCAAAUUGUCUACCAUAAAUGGCACAGCGUUUCAAAUUUCAA